GAUCCCUCAGUUGGGCACGGCCUCAGUCCAGUGCGUAAAGAGCGCAGCGCGGCACAGCACAGAGAGACUCUCCAAGCUUGUGUGUCUGUGUGAGUCUGUGUGAGUCUGUGUGAGUGUGUGAGUCUGUGUGAGUGUGUGAAUCCUCCACAGCCGGGAUUAGCGCUUCCUCUCAGUCCGAGCUGACCCGCUCUCUCAAUGAAGCUUGGUUCUUCUCCGUGAUUUCUUCGCCAUGAGCUGCCUGGAUGUGAUGUACCAAGUGUUUGGUCCUCAGCCUUAUUUCAGCUCCUACAGCCCCUAUCACCACCAGAAGCUGGCCUUGUAUUCCAAAAUGCAAGACCCCCAGGACGGCAGCAGCCGGCUCGGCCCCGUGGGGCCCCCGGCGAUCAAGGAGGAGGACAAGGAGCUGCCGCCGGGAGCCGAGUACCUGAGCUCCCGCUGCGUCCUCUUCACGUACUUCCAGGGCGACAUAAGCGCCGUGGUGGACGAGCACUUCAGCCGAGCGCUCAGCCAGACGACUGCUUACCCUGCCUCAAGCAGCCACAAGACCGUAAGAGAUUCAUUCCCGAUGAGCCAGCGAAGUUUCCCUCCGUCUUUCUGGAACAGCUCGUACCAGUCGUCCGUCUCCUCCGCGCUGGGCAGCGCUCUCUCAGCUCCCCACACAGAGCUCUCCUUCCCCGGGGACCCGUACUCCUCCGCCUCCCUGCACAGCCACCUCCACCAGCCCAGCCCCGAAGCCUGGCACCCGUCGCACCACCACCAUCACCACCACCACCCGUACUCGCUAGGCGGCGCUAUAGGCACCCAGGGCUCGGCGUACCCACGCCCGGGCGUUCACGAGAUGUACGGCGCGGCAUUCGACCCGCGUUACGGCUCGCUGCUGAUGCCGUCAGUGAGGCCUCACCACCGGCUGACGCCCGGCAGCUCGGUGUCAGGGCCCAACUCCUCGCCCUGUGACCUCGGGGGGAAGGGCGAGUCGGGGACGGGGUCGACCUGGAGCGGCGCCUUCACUGGAGCCGGAGCAGAAAUCGGACUCAACAUGGACACAGCUCUGUGUUACGGCGGACUGUGCGGCAGCGGCGCAGCCCUGCUGAGCUGAACGCCGACAGUGUGGAUACAAAAAAAAAAAAAACAGAAGAGGAGCGACCGAUUCGGAUCUUUUGACGGACGUGGACAAAGACGAGGCUCUUUGUGCUCCUGCAACAGGCAGAGACAACAUUCCUAAAGUGGGAAAAAGUCCUGGGACAGACGGACAGAGACACAUGUGUUGUCAAACUCCAAAGACGAGCGCUCGGAGGACUUGGCAGGACUUGCCUCGCUCGGGCAACUGGGCUGCAGACACUGGGAGCGUGUUAUGGCUGCAGGAAAAGGCCGCGUUGGUGUUGAGGAGGCCGCACAGACGGCGAAGGUUUCAUUUUUGGUUCAAUGUCAACGCAAAUAUCCCCCUCGUCGUUCUCUCAGAAGUCAAACAGGUUUUCAAAUAACGUCAGGCGGCUUUAACGUCUAGAAGUGUUUCGGGCAAAUUCAGCUGUCGAUUCCAUACCGCGGUAAAAGUUGUGAAAAGUCCCUGUGCAGACGGUUGCCCCACAAUGCAAUGCAGAAAUGGAGCUGGUGGAGCGGACAGCUGCUUUAAAAAAUAAUAAAAACAAUAGAGUGUCACUCACACCUCCGGGAGUGUCUCCUCAUGAAACCACGACUGAAUCCGACAGUUCUGGGUUUUUAUUUAAAUCCGCACAACAUGAUGGAUUCGUCAGAUUAUUAUUAUUUUAUUUUUUAUAAAGAUCCGUGAAUUUCUAUCUGGAAAUUAUGUGAAAACCCCCGAACUAAAGUUAAUGAGUUCCAUGUCUCAUUCAAGUUUCAUGAAAGUACUUUUUGGGUAAUCCUGCUGAAAACCAAACAACCCAACAAGUAUUGGCAGCAGCAUGGCACUUACGACGCACACCUUCACCAACACUUUACUUAUGGCACCGCAUUUAAAUUAUUCAGAAGUUUGUUCUGCACUUGCAGUCAGAUCUGGAUCUCAACCAGAUCCUGAUGGUUUCUCUCCUGAUCCACCAAGUUUUGUGGAAAUUGGUUUGAUAGUUUUGGACGUAAAACCUGACACGGGUGAGACUCACCCUGGUGGAGAUUAAAAAUAAAACAAUGUAAAAUUAAAAACUCAUGAAACCUUAACGUCACAAUGUGAUUCUUGUUUACUUGUUUACUUGUUUCUGAUAUUUUCUUAU